CCCACCUCCAAACCGACUUCACUCCCAAACUCCUCAGUCUGCACCCGCCCUCUUUUCGCUGCGCUGGUCUUUUUGACUGUCCCCAGGAAACUUGGUCGGCCAGAUACCUCAGACAGGCAGUCUUCUCGCUUAACUGCAGGCCGUUGCGAUCCAAGCGCGUCGCAUCGCAUCGCUGCGAAAUCUCAUUGGGACCUGCCCACUUUCGCUGCCAGGGGUCACUUAUUGCGAAGGCUGGGAGAAACCAAAGCUGAACCUGGACUGGCCCAAGGCUCCUCCACCGCCACCAACCUCCUCGCCUUGACCAUUGCAACCUGCUCCUCUUCCUCCACCCCCACAGCGCUUCUCCAGCAUCCUUUGAGCGUACGGUAAUCUUCUUGGGGCCAUAGUCAAUCUGUCUUUCCCUUCUGUCCACGUCCCCCUCUGGUCCCUCGACCGUCGCACGCCGCCCGAGACUGUUUCGGUUGCACUUUUCUCUGCUCAGCUACAACCCCCGGUUCCUAUUUCCUGCACCUCAUGUCUUGACCAAAACAAAGCAGCCCCAAGUCCGAGGCUCGCCCAGCGACAAGCCCACCGCCGCCUUGAUCUGGCCCCGUUCCAAUUGUUCCUCCCCGCCUGCAUGGUGCAGUGGUCCUGCACCAGGGGACUUGGCCAGGACUGGGAAUAGAGCGGGUUCCCAGCACGGCUAUCGAGUGGCACAUUACCUCAUCCUGCAAGUCCAACAAAAAGCCCACGCCCAGUGGGAUCGCUGCACGCCAUGGGUAUCGAUUCGAAGAAGGCACCUCCACUCCCAGCCCCCACUGAAGAGUCCGAGUCGACUGUGACCCAGACAGAGCUCGCGCCCUCUGACGUCUCCAAGCCAGGCGACGAUAAGUCCUCCUACUCCCUCCCAGAGGACGGCACACCCGUUACAAUCAGGACUCGCGGCCACAUGCCCGAUCGCUCCCAGACUUCCUUGCUCAUUGAAUACUUCGAGGCUGGCAAGCCCUCUGCCUCCCCGAGCAAGACCACCGAGCGCAAACCGAGCGUGCGGGUUCGCCUCACCCCAUCAAAGAAUCGGAAAACCGAUCGCAUCCAGAUAACAGAAACCAAGUCGUCUAGUGGCCGCAAGGCCUCCCUGACUCGCCGCCAGGAGCGAGCUGCUCCUCUGACCCCGGCCGGCCUCAAGUCCAAUGAGGCGCUGUCUGCUGUCAGCGGCGACCAGGAAGACGCAAAGAGCAUGCAUUCAUACACCUCUGCCACCGAGGAGUCCAAUGUCUCUCGAAACCCUAUCGAGGUCGAGAUCGACCGUGGUGGCCACCGACGCCGCCGCCCUGCGAGCCCACUAAUUCCAAGCGCCGACAGCAAGGCUUCCUAUCAGCCAGGAAACAUGUCCGAUAUAUCGGCAAUCCCCACUGACAGCUUUCUGGACGGCUCAGGCCACUCAACUAGGCUUACUGAGAAGCGCAGCAAGAGCCCCUCGAGGGCGAGGGAGGUCAUUGGCGGUGCAGCUGCGGGAAUUGUCGCUGCCGCUGCCGCCGACAAGAUGCGCAGCAAGAGCCGAGGAGAGCUCAGCGAGAAGGAGAGGUUGGUCGUGUCCAAGUCCAAAGACCGGGACAGCUCGGAGCGAAGACACAAGUCUAAGAACCGCAAGAGCAGUGGCAGCGAACACAAGUCUGAGUCUGGCAAGUCGUCGCGGAGAAAAUCUAGCAAGACGAACGAGGAGUCGAUCCUCUCUGGCGCGGACUCUAGUGUGGUCUCAUCAGCUAUUUCACACAGCCAUCGUUCUAUGGAUGCCAGCUCCAUGCGCUCCGGGGCUUCGAGGUCCUCGAUCAACAAUCCCAAGCUCCUAGAGACUGUCGAGGACGCGAUCCGGCGGCUUAUCCUGCCUGAGCUCACGGCCAUCAAGAGGGAGCAGAGCAAGCGAGAAGCUCGCAGAAGCUCCGUAUCGAGCGGGACAACGGCAUCUCGAGACGACCUUGGCAGUGAACGCCGCCAAUCAGGGUAUUCGAGCAAAUCCAGAGAAAACCUCUCCUCCAGGGGUAAGGAUCGCAGGGGAAGGGAAGCCCGCCAUGACUUGGUUGAGAGCCCCGCCCCAAGCGUGGAUCACGACUCCGUCGACGAGUCGCUGCAUGAGAUUUCAGAGGUAUCGCGCGGCACCGACAAGCUGAAGGCUACUGCUGGGGGGGCUGCUGCCGCCGCUAUGGCUGCCGCCGCCCUGAGUAACGACAAGUCUCCGGCUAUCGCAAGAGAACAGCGCCGCCGCCGCCGAGCUGAAGCAAAGAGCCGGGCAUCUGAGAUGCAUGGUGAAGAGCAGGAAAGGCUCGGUGACCCGACUGCACCAAUGCCAUUGAUGAGCGAGUUCAACCCGUCAGACAUCACCCGGACAUCCAUCAUGUCUGCCGACACUGAGCGACCACACUCGGCAAGUGAGGAGCUUACGCCAGUACAGCAAGUUGUCAGGGCAACGUCGUCGAUCGAUUCCAGGUCUACGGUGACCAGCAGUCCCACACCAACGAGGACACCUAUCUCUCUCCAGGCUCUGGGGGCCCAACAUGCCAACAUCUCCCACGGCGAUCUCAAGACCCUUUCUCAGAAGAGGACUGGGGGCUUCGAUGAGGUCGAAUAUGACGACCGUGAGGACGGCCGACGAGCUCCCAUUAGCCAGGCCGAGGUUUAUGACGACGAGGACGAGGACGAAUACGACGAUGGUCCUUACAACGAUUACUACAAUACCCAGGACGUUCCUCCGCCUCUGAAGUAUGUGCCAUACCAGCCUGAGCGCCGUGGACUCAGCCCCAUUCCAAGCGUUUCGGGCUACACGGAGGGCGGAAGUGAGAUCCACAACCGCGAAUCCAGGCUCACUCACAGAACAUCUGGGUCAUUUUCGUCUCCCGACAAGUCGAUUCGUCACGGUGCGGAUUCGCCUAGUGUCUUGAGCCGAGGGUCGUACCAAGACGACCGUAGUGUGGUGAGCUCAAGACUAGGAUACAGGAACACCACCUACACUGACGACAGCGAGCUUGACCGCGUCACGACCGGUCAGGCAGUGCGUGCUGUUGGCGCCAACCCCAAUUUGGUGAACUCGCCGACUGGUGUUCAAUCUCAUGUUGCGUCUCUGGUCGAGGGAUCGGCCUUAGAUGAAUCCGUGCUUACCGGCGAGUCUGGCCGCAGUGGUCGCCAGUACGACCCUCGUGGCUCUGAGGUCAUCAGCGAGGAAGAUGUUACCGACCAGACAGCAUUCCGUCACAAAGACUCUCAAGAGAGUCGACGCACAGCCGAGGACGAGGUUGCUUCACAAACCUCGGAGCGACCGCAUGAAUUCGAGGAGUAUGAACUCGACGAGUAUGGCCGCAAGGUCCCGAGAACAAAAUACCGACACUCCCCAACGGCUUCGGAAGCCGCCAUCACUGGUGCUGCCGUGGGCGCUGCAGCGGCAGCUCUCCGGGCAGCCGCCAAGGGCAAGGGUAUACAGGGUGCUGAACACGAGGAGUCUGCAAGCGAAACCGUGGGCGGGGGUGUCCAGCGGAAUAAGUCGUUCAAGGACCGAACCAACGAAGGCUAUCUGCCAGCCAGUACUCCUACACAUAGUGUCGAUCGCCUCGUUGGCGAGUAUGAGAAAGCCAACGUUGGACACAGUGGCUUGCCAGACGCAAAUGACCCUCUCCCAGAGAUCGGUUACUUCGCCCAUGACGAUGAUUCGCUCACCAAUCCGUCACGUAUGAGUGACCGUUUUAGCGCUACACAAGAAGCCAGGGACGGGCAAUGGCAGGAACAGGAACCAAUGACACCCACGCAACAGAGCAUUGAUGGAAGUCGAGGUCUCCAGGAAUCCGUUAGCGGGCAAUCUUUGACUCUGGACGAGGCCGCUGGUGCAGCCGCGGUAGCAACGGCAGCUGCUAUGGCACACUCUCAUAGUCGACAGGCAAGUCAAGACAUAGACGACGAGUGGCGUCGUACCUCCGAGGACCGCAAGCGAGAUACCAUUGUCACCAACCCGUAUGAAGGCACGAGUCCCCUCGCCAAUGCGCCUGGCCUCGAUAUUGAUCUUGGACAAGCGCCCCACUUCGAUCCUGAUGGGUACGUUACAGGAUAUGGUGCCCGAAGCCCCUUUGGACCAAAGAUCGAUGAGGGCUAUAUCUCACAAGGCCCUAACAGAACGCCCGAUCUUCAAGGAAAGGGCAAGGGCAUCGACUACAACCAGCAUGCACCCAUGCCUGCCAACAUGGAUCCAUUUUACAACCCACAGGACUCGAAACACAUGAGUGGCCUUUCUCAAGGCAUGGGCUCGCCGCUGUAUGAUGCUGCUACCGGUGCAGGCAUUGAUCGCAUCGAGUCGAACGAUAUCAUUGCACUCAUGCAACACCUCAUGGUUCGUGACGCUCAACGCAGCGCGCGUGACACUGAGAUCUUGGUCACCUUGGUGCGUACCGCUGCCGAGAUGCGGAAUUCAUUCGACGACAUCAAGAAGAUGCUUGCGGACACUGAAGAUGUCAUCAUUACCGAGGUAAAAGAGAACACCGACAAGACCGUACAGCGCCAUAUCGGCGGUCCGCGCCCGUUCCCAGGCAGCGCGACGCGGUCAGUCCAAGGCUCGCAGGCUGGCACGGAGAACGAGAAGAAGACGCGAAACCUCUGGCGACGGGCUCUCAAGGGACUCGGUGCAAAGGGCACAAACGAUCUAACCAGAAUUGAGGAUAUGCUGAUGCAGUUGCUUGGAGAAGUUGACGUCUUGAAGUCACAGACUGCUCCAGGUGGAAUCAGCCAUGACAGCGGUCCGUCUCUCGACAACAUUCAGCCAGCGGUGCAGUAUGAGCAAGAUCAUGGGUAUGAGCCCGAAGGCCAUGCAGGCACUUCGACCGCUAGCUAUGGCAGUCAAUCUGGCCACCUUUCCAUCCCCCGGAAUGCCUCGUACGGCUACGAGCGAAAGGUAUCGUCGGGUCACCGGAUCAGCACCGUGCCAGAAGGAGACGAGGACGAUUUCAAUGAGGACUCCAACGUCAUUAUUCAUAACCACAGCAAUACGGACAUGCUCAGUCCAGGAGGUGAGCCCGAACGCGGCAGCUCCGUGCCCCUAGGGACCCCUCCACAAGUGCCAACGGGUGCCCAAGCGUCCUUGAGCAACGAGAACACUCCUCGCACUGAAAAUCGAAAGAAGCAUAAGUCGAGCGGUUCCGCGAGCUGGUUCCCCAAAAUCUCCCGUUGGUCCGAAACCACCGCGUCGAGUGUUGGCAAGGCCUUCAGGAAGUCCAAAGAGACGGAGGCCGGUUCCUUGCGUGGAGGACCCUCUCGCUCAGGUUCGGACUUUGCCAUUUAUGAGAACUACCCGGUAACGGACCCUUACGGUGAUGAUCAUCUCCCCUCCGGCUACUCGGAUACGAAUCUGAACAGCAACCAAAGGCACGAUCCUAAUCAGAUCGAGCCCGAUAUGCAAUUCACCAUGGCCGGUGUGAGUCGCACUCCGGUCCCAACAUCCCACAGCCCUGUGCAGCCUGAGGCCAUACAACCUUUCCCAAUGAACUACUCCACACCAGAGGAUCCCAAGUACAAGGCUCACCGCAACUCAUUGAACUUGCAGCAUCCACAGCCGCGCCCAGGACAGACCGAACAAUUCCGGAAUGCCCUCGAGAGUUCUGCCCAGGACUUCGACACUCCCAUGUCACCCAAGUCAGCAGACUUUGGCUCGGUCACUAGUCUUGGCCGUUAUGCAGGGCAUCAGCCAAGAUACAGCAAUGGAUCUGCCACUGGUGAGCAAGGCCAGUACACCUGGUCGGGCAACUCGCCUGCCCAAUCGGGACCACCGAGGCCGCCAAAGGAGCCCUUAGAAGAACCUGGACCGCGGACCACAACUCCGACUAGGAGUCGGAUCUCGACACUUGGGUACAAGCCUGCCGGCAGUCCCAAGCCAGAGAACCGCAACCUGCAAAAUGCGCUCGGUGCGCCCGGCCGGAGGCCUAGUGGGCCUCGCGCAAUGGGCACGAGAAGUCCAGCUCCGGCUGGAGAUGAGGAGCGGAGGAAGAAGAGAGAUACAUUCGGCUCUGUCAUGUCACAGGAGUCGGACACCUUUUAGAGGAAGGGUUCUCCCUAUGACGGCUGGCUGCGUGCUGUCCAAAACGGCCUCGGCCGGUAGAAACGAUGGGCAUGGUCUCCCGGGGCAGCACCUUCGUUGCGCGAGAUGCGCCGCCGCCUGAGAGUCAGGGCCCGGGCCGAUGGCUGGCCCGCCCGAUACAUCACCAUAAUGGACUCUUGCCGAUUACAUGGACGACGCGGAAAUCAAUAAUGCUUGUCUGCCCUGUUGGGAUUGGGAGUCUACGACAUCACACCAAAGGUGUUCCGCCGUAUCAGCGUGUGUUUAUAGAAUUCACUUCAGCACAUACUUUCAAAAGGCAUAAAAAAAGGGACUUGCGGGACGUUCGUCGUGGUGAUAGACGAGCGGGUUUGCGUAGGAAGUGACGGGGGGACGCAGAACAAUUGCACAAUUACGAUGACAUGACCACCAUUUGGUUUAUGGCGGUGGGAUUCUGGAGAUAUGGAAGGAGCAGCGGCGAUGAGUUGAUUUCUUGAAUCCAGCGGACCUUCUAGUCGGCGGUGAUGGUGAUGGCGGUGACGACUGGAGCUCGAGCCAAGGAAGAUCGCUCGACAGAUGUGAUGCAAGGGAACCCGUCUCAUUGACUCACAACUGGCCUUGGGCUAAACAUGUGUUGAUCAUUAUGUAGGAUACCCUUGGAAAACGUUUUAAUGCAUUCUUCUAUUCAGCAUAA